AAAAGGUAUGGACGGGUUGUAUAUAUAUAUAUCAAACACACAGUCUGAAGUGAACAAACGAGUUAUUUUUCAGUUGUUUCAGUUGCAACACUGAUUAUCAAAAAUGAAUCCAGUUUUCAUCGGAGCCCUGCUUACUGUAUGUCUGAGUAAUGGUGUACACGGAAAGGCCAAACCUUGCAACCAACAGCAUCGUGUGUUGUUGUCAAAGGUCAAGAGGCUUCAACGUACCGUUAAGGAACUGCAGCAACACCAAAGCCUUGAAAUGCGUACAGAUAAAGACGAAUUAUCUCAGCUAGCAGGACCAGCCGAGCUUACAAACGUACAAUACGAUAGUGGUGAGUCCGGUUUCCACGUGACGUUGGAUAAACCACAAGAAAUAGAAACCAAAAUGCCUCUUAAAUUUGAUGACGUUGUGACAAACAUAGGCGGGGCUUAUGAUACACAAACCGGGAUCUAUACUGCUCCUGUGACUGGUACCUACAUGUUCACACUCAAUGCCGUCUGUGCUGCACGCAACUUUCUGCAUCUGGCCAUCUAUAAAAACGACGCGCCGGCGUUUAAUGUGAUAUGUGAUGAUUUAAAAGGGGAUAUACAACAUCAAGGUGGUGGCACCACGAUUUUGAGACUGCAAAGAGGUGACAAGAUAUAUGUAACUUUGAUGUUUCCGCUUGGAACUGUUGGUGAAGUCCGAGGUAAUGGAAUUACGUCAUUUUCCGGGUACCUGUUGAAAGAGUUAUGA